UCUUCACUAUAACCAAUUAAAUGACAUCCACGAAAACGUAUACUUGGUUUCACAUACAUUUCAUCAAAUAGCAGGCAGCAACGUUUUUCCGAAAUAGUUAAUGUUUCAAACACGGUUUUAAUACAGUUGCUAAACUUGGUGGAGAAAUUUUAUGCCUUAUUUCAGACAAUCUUCCCACAAAUCGUAGCAUAUAUCAAUUUUUUGCUUUAAGUUUAAAUGAGCCAUGGCUUGGUAAUAUUUGCAACCAAAGUAUAAUAAUGCUUCAUGAUCCAGUGCACUUGUUUAAAUCAAUUCGAAAUAACUGGCUUACAGAAAAAACUGGAACAAUUCAUCUGACACUAAAUAGUCAAUUAUUUAAAGGGUAUUGGAAAGAUUUGGUAAGUUUAUAUGAAAAAGAAAAAAAUAAUGUUAUCAAGUUGACAAAUCUUUCAUACAAAGCUAUUCAUCCAGGUGUAAUUGAUCGACAAAAUGUCACCCAUAUGUGUGCUGUUGUUAAUGAGAAGACUGUAGCAGCCCUUAAAAUUUGUGAUUUUAAAGAGACAAGCGAGUUUCUUGAAAGAAUAUUAUUGAUAUGGAAUUACCUUAAUAUUAAACAAGAAGGUAUGGACAUACGUUUAAAUGAUCCAAAUAGAGCUUCAUACAAAAAUGUAAAUGAUAAACGACUUCAAGAGAUUUUGACAUUUGCUGAAGCUGUUGCAAAAAUGCCAGGAGGAAAGGGCUGGAAGCGGAACAAAUCAUUCACUAGUGAAACGAAAAUUUCUUUGUCGAAUAUGCUUUACGGAAUUGUAGAUUUAAUCUGAAAAUUGCUGAAUGAAGAUCAUCAAUAUGUUCUUCCUGAAAUAUUUCAGACAGAUCGGUUAGAAGGAGAAUUUGGAAUAUACAGGCAACUUUGUGGAGGCAGUUAUCAUGUUUCGGUUGAAGAAGUUAAAAAUAGUCUUCGUUUACAAUGCCUGAAGUUGUUUAGUAAAUUGGAUGCUAUGGGUGUACCUAUUUCUCAAUGCUCAAUUAUUCAAUCAGAGU